AUGUGAAGUUUGGGGAGUUGUGUGUGUUUGUGCCAUCCACAUCCUCAGAUGGCAUAGAGAUUCUUGCUUUGGUCCGCGGAUUACUGUCGUGUAGCCGUGCAGAUAUUCUCUCUUGCCAACUGUCCACACAGGAUCGGACGAUGCUGGAACACCUUCUUCCCGCUGUUAGCGAUAUGUGCAAGGGGCAGAUAGAACACUACUACUGCUUUCAAGUUCUUUCCCUCUGGUUGCAGCGUGUGCGUGAACAAAUAACUGGGAUCCUGCAGAGCCGCAAGGGAUUUUUGUGGGCAAAUGAUAGUAAAAUCCUCUCUGAUGUUAUGCAGCUUCUUUGGGCUGGUGCUGAAAAGCCAAUAGAUGGUAUGUCUGGUCUGGUUCUAAGCUGCUUCCAACACUGCCUGCAUAUUCAUCAGAAAGAAUGUCAGAUCUUGCAGCUAAAUGAGGAGAUACUACUUCAGGAUGUGCUGCAGAAGAUCACAGACACCUCCUGGCAGAACCGAUCAAGAUAUACCCCUCUCUGUUCUCUGUUACCAUUUAUUGGGGCUGAUAGGGUCCUUGCUCUGUACCCACAGCUCCCAACGCACCUGUUCUUUUGCCUCUCCACAAACUACCUCUGCCCUCCAGCAGCAGAGACGUACCGCGCUGUUAUCACACUGCAGAGAAAGGAGUGGACCCGGGAAGCCCAGCUAGAUGAGAAGGCGCUGGCUAAGCGUUGGGCAGUCAGCUGGCUUACUCCGCUUUGUGAUGCACUGUGCUCAACUGAAAGUUCCUUACAAAGCAAUGCUGCCACUCACAUUCUCCCUUGCAGCCUAAGCUGCUUCUCUGAAUCCUUUGCGUUGCUGGAAGAGAAACUAGAGGGUCAAAGCCCCGCAAGUCUUCGCGGUUGGGUCAGUCUUGUACGUGCACAAAAGGCUUUGGGCAGAGCAAACAAGGACAUAGAGGACAGGCUGCAAGUGUGCCUGGGUUCUGCUGAUGAUGGAGUCCGUUUGGAUGCUCUUUGCUUUCUUUGCUGUGGUUCUCGCAGCAGUCAGCCUCCUUCCUCCUGGGAGCUGAAGCUUCUCAAAAGAUUCCUACCCUAUAAUCUUGGUUGUGACAGUGCUGGCUUCAGGCAGCAGCUUCAGUCAGCAGUCCGCAGGGCACUGGAAAGGCUACGGGAUGGAGCACUGACAGCACUGCGCAAGGGGCUACCCCAGGAGAAGGCCAUAUCCCUAGCAAUAGACUUCCUGGAGUGGUUGUGUCAGUUAAGUGUAUCCUGCAUGUCCUCAGCCGGAAAUUACCAGCGCCGUUGCAGUGGCCUUCUCAUCUUCUCUGCCCUGCUGGAGAGCUACACUGACUGCUGGACCCCUGAGAAAAAGAAAGGACAGCCCCCUCAGGACAUGGCCAUAUUACUGAAGUAUGCCAGACAAAGAGGAUGCUGGGAUUUCUUCUCUGCACACAACACGCAAGCACUUGUUGGAUGCUUGCAGGACAGUACGAAUGAGAUUCGGGAAAUGGCUUCAGAUUUGCUGGUUCGCUUUUUCAUGCCCAUCCCAGACGUUCUUUUUCUCACAUUGUUUGAGUUGAGCAAGGCAUCUCUGUGCAGCCCACGAGUGCCCCAGGCUGAAGCUGGAGCACUAAUCAUGAAGACCCUGCUACUGAGACCACAAGGAGUGGUGGUGUUUCCAGGAGAUGCGCCUCUCGAUGCACUGCACCUCGUCACCUUUCUAGCAGAGAUGCUGCGUGAUCAGUACUGCUAUGCCCAGGAAAACCUGCUGCAGGCAGCAACUUCAAAGCCUCUUCAUGGGGUGCUUUCAGCGUUGAGACUCUGUUUGCUGGAGGUGCCUGUUGUAUCCCAGUCCUUCUCGAAGUCUGAUGUAGCUCCCAGUUGGUGCUGCCUUCUGCAGGGUCUGGUGCGCUCUUUGCGAGAGAUAGUAUCUUUCAUCCUUAAUGUACUGCACAGAUCUUGGAAUGAAGACAUUCCAGAAGCUGUGGCUCCAUCAUUUGCAGACAUGGGUAAAGCAGUGAGUACAUUCAUUGCAGAAGGCAGAGGCCUAGAAGAGAUGCCUGGUUCAGUUCUUCUUUCAGAGGAGUACAGUCUUAUCAUGACAUUCUGUUGGGUCUCCUUAAAGGAGAUUGGUGUGCUGUUAGGGCCCCUAGUGGAGAAGCUGAUAUCUGGUCCAGUUGCCAUGCUGCCCCUCUCUGCAGUACAGGAGUCCGUUGUAACUUAUCAAGAUAUAUUUAUGCGCUGCCGCCACUGGGGGGCGGUUGAUGGCUGUAGUGCUGGCUUUACCAAGCUUUGCAGUGCAUUGUUCCACAAUGAAGAUUCCAAGCUGAGAGCCAUCCCACAAAAGAUAAUGGAACAGGUGCUGGCAGAAUGUCGAUCUCGGAAAUCUCUCUCUGUCACUCGCAGAGCUGCUGGGUUCCCUGUUCUCCUCCAGAGCAUCUUGUGUGGCGAGGGAGCUCCGCACAUGUUAUUGGCAUCAUGUGUUCAUUCUUUACUAGUACUGGCAAAUGAACCAUUGCCUGCUGACUGGGACCAAACGCAUGAUCUACCACAGGUGUCUGCGGUGCACGCUCUUCAGACCAUGCUGCGCUGUUCAGUCCUUCGAGCUACCCUCCUCACUCAAGCUGUUCCCAUGAUGUCACUAGCGCUCCAAAAUCUACGUUCUGCAUGCUGGGCCAUGCGCAAUGCAGCUUUACAGCUCUUUAGUGCCCUGACAGGCGGCAUGCUGGGCCUGUCACGCAGCGAUGGGGACAGUUUGGUGCAGAGCACUCUGUCCGCAGGUGCACUGCUCAGACGGUUCCCAGGUCUCAGGGAUGUGCUAAUUCAGGAGCUGCAAGAUGCUACGUAUUGUGGAAAUAUGCUUCAUCCCAGUCUGCAUCCAAUCCUCACUCUUCUUGCAAGACUGCAGCCAGGAGGAGACACUGAGGCAGGGUGUUUUCUGAAGCCUCUUCUUGGCCUGGCCAAAAACCCCAUAUAUGCAGUACGUGUCAUGGCAGCACGUGCAGUGGUACCAGUGGUCCAAGUGAUGGAGUAUCGUACUGUCCUAUUCCAGCUGGUGGGAACACUUCCACAUGUAAAUAAAGGAGUAUCCCAUAAUGCUCUGCAUGGCUGCCUUCUGCAGAUUCACGCACUGCUGGCCGUGGCAUUAAAGGAAAAUUGUCUUGAAGAAGGGGAUGAGCAGCAGAUUGCCAAGAAACUGCUUCCAGCCCUUUGGCUGGCAUCUCCAGAACAGAGGUGCCCAGUGGUCCGUGCAUCAUUUCUUGAUGUGCUUUCCCUACUCGUUCCUGUUUGUGGGAAGGAAUUUGCCAUGCAAGUGUGGGAGGCCGUAUGCUCGAAGCAGAGUGGGCAGGAUUAUGGCAAACAGGUGGGCUUCGAAGUUUUCCAUGAAGCAUACGUUGUAUAUUUGUGCAAUGAAGCUGUCAGAUCCUCUGAUCCAGCUGUCCACUCGCAUGUAUGCGAUCUCUUGCUUGUCGGUGACCAUGCUGUGUUUAGAUGGCUGAAAAAACAACAUGGUGAAAACGUGUCUUCUGCGUUGUACAAGGCUGUGAGAUAUACGUUACAGGACAAGCUGUAUUCGGUGUUGCUCUCAGAACAUUCACCUGAAUGCCUUAGGUUGUAUUUGGAGGCAUUUGUUGACAUGAACCACUCGUGCUUCCCAACCCUCAUUCUCAAACAUCCCAAAAAUCACAUGGACCUACAGUGUGCUCACAUCCUGCUCACUCUUCUUCAAUCAAGCACGGCAGGUCCACAACUUCGAGGCCAUGCACUGUGUACCCUCAGUUUGCUGUUAACACACAGGAACCUGCGAGAGGACAUCUCACUUUGCUCCCAUUGGUUAUCUGUUCUCGCUGCUUGUGCUGAUCCAGCCUCAUCCUGUGAGGAGCUACGGUUGGCUGCUGCACGAGCUCUCGAGAUAUGUGGAGCUUACUUGGUUAGGCAUGCUCUCAGUGACGGUGCUCCUGAUAUUACAAAGCUAGCAGUGAGGACUGUAGGUUAUGGUGUUGACCUCUUGCAAGAUGAGGAACGAAAUGUGAGAGAAGCUGCCACGAGGUUUGCUGUGGCAGCCAUAGAUCAGCCAGCAGAAGUGACGCUGCAAAGUGACCGGGCUCUGCUGCAUCUCCUGCAGCUUUUGAGGGAUCAUUUCUGGACUUGUGAAGAGACCUUUCAUGUUCUCCUGGUCCGGCUGCCUCCUUUUGAUCUUUACAGUGCCCUUAGUACUUUACAGGUCAGGUCAGCCAGUCUGUAUGAGGAGGAUGAACCUAACGUGUUUGCGGACUCUUUUUUCCUUUCCUCACUACUGCUGCCAGUACUCUGUGCUCUGUUGGACUUGAUGUCCACUGACUCAUCAUUGUGCUCAGUUUUGCUGAGGUGGGUGAAAUGUACUGUUAUUCCAUUGAGAGAGCAGAUGCAGCAGUGUCACCACUGGGGACAAGCACAGGGACCUGUCUCACAGCUUCGCCUCAAGGCCUCUGGGUGUCCCCGUGUACAGACUGCUAUUUUAGGGCUGCUGGUGCAUGGACAAAUGCUCACCAGAGCUCUGGAAGUACUACCUCCCUCACAGAUCGCACAUCUAGGACUACAAUCAGGUUGUGUAGAAGAGGAGUUGGCUAUGCUGAAAGAAGACCUCCGGCUUUAUGGGAUUGGAUCUACUUUUAUCAAGAUCAUCGAAUAAAGUCCUUAGAGAGAUUAAUUGUCCUCAAUAUGCAAUCUGACAUUUUAGCCAAACUGGUCUCCCUAUUAAUCCUGUAAUGUUAAAGGUUAACAAGGAGCCUUUGGAGAAAGUUGUACAGUACAGCAGCUGGUUCCGGUGGCACAUUGGGAAUAAUUGUAGUUAAACAGUGGAAGCCAUGUCACUUUUUCUGGAAUGCAAUAAAAUUUUGGCUACAA